AUGAAUUUUUUUACGGCAUUAUUUUUCUUAACAAUUUUUGCUAAUCAUGUACAAGGAACGUAUAGACCCGUUGUAUUAUGGCACGGAAUGGGUGAUAAUUGUUGUGAUGAUGAAAGUAUGGGAAAAGUUCAACAAGUGAUUAAAGAUGCGUUACCUGGUAUAUAUACAUAUUCUAUCAUGUUGGGUGAUAAUGAACGUGAAGAUAAAAAGUUCAGUUUCUUUGGUAAUAUUAAUGAUCAGUUGAUAAAAGUUUGCGAUCUUUUAAAAAUUGAUGAAAACUUAAAAUAUGGAUUUGACGCUAUCGGAUUCUCUCAGGGAGGCCAAUUCCUUCGCGCGUAUGUACAACGAUGUAAUGAUCCCCCGGUACACAAUUUAAUUACAUUUGGAUCACAACAUUCUGGUAUAUCAGAUUUGCCAGGUUGUGAAAAGGGUGAUGGGUUAUGUCAAUUAAUGAGAACAAUUGCACGUCGUGGAGUUUAUUCAAAUUAUGUUCGUACUCACAUUAUCCAAGCUCAAUAUUAUAAAGAUCCAAAAAUUUUAGAUAUUUACUUGGAAAAAAAUAUUUUUUUACCCGACAUCAAUAAUGAGCUUUUUAAGAAUGAAACGUACAAAACAAACUUGCAAUCUUUGAACAAAUUAGUUUUGAUUAGAUUCACCGAAGAUAAAACCGUCGUACCUAAAGAUAGCGCGUGGUUCUCUUUUUAUAAUUCAGAGGGGGAAUUAUUGGACCUUUUCCAUCAACCUAUUUAUACUGAAGAUUGGAUAGGUUUAAAAUCUUUAUACGAAAAUGGUAAACUGGAAUUUAAAGAUUGUGAAGGUGCUCAUAUGCAAAUACCAUUAGAAUAUCUUAUCCAGCAGGUUAUUCCUUAUUUGGGUUCUGAUAUUGGUGAUGAAGAAGAUUAUCGAGAUAAUAUUUUAAUAGAACAAAAUAAUAAUGAUGGAAAUACGAGAUUAUCAUUAAAUAUUCAAAUUUAA